GUGUGUGUGUAUGUAUAUAUAUACAUUUUACAUAAAUGUUUUAAGUGGUUAUCAAGACCAUGUCAUGAGAUCAAUAUCAGCAUGAGAACUGCACUUCUGUUAUCUUCACAUUUCAUCACAUGAAGCCACAGCUCUUCACUUCCUUUACUGCCAGCAACACAUUCAUUUAAGCUCAUAUAGCAUACAACACACUCGAGUAAAGAGGUGCAGCUGUACAGUCGCGUUCUCAGUGUUUUACUGAAUAGUUUAUAUUUUAGAAAUAUUUCAUUUAUUCAUGAAGAAGCUGAAGAGAGACGAUCACAAGGACGUGAUGAUGGUCACCCAUACAAUCACAGACGAUUUUGAAGGCUACGACACAGACACAGAGGACGCCAAUGCAAAGAGUAACCAACAUAUUCAAUGCACAGGGAGCAGAUGUUACAGACUGACAGCAGUGUGUGUGGUGCUGCUGUGUGUUCUCUCGCUGACUGCCAUCACAGUGCUGUGGAUCAAAUUCGCCAUCCAGAGUCCAGAAAACAACCAGCUACAGACUAGAUACAACACCCUGACUAAGGAGAAAGACCAGUUACAGACUAGAUACAACACCCUGACUAAGGAGAAAGACCAGUUACAGACUAGAUACAACACCCUGACUAAGGAGAGAGACCAGUUACAGACUAGAUACAACACCCUGACUGAGGAGAGAGACCAGUUACAGACUAGAUACAACACCCUGACUAAGGAGAGAGACCAGUUACAGACUAGAUACAACACCCUGACUAAGGAGAGAGACCAGUUACAGACCAGUUACAACAAUAUUCAGAACAAGUUGGCUACUUCAGAGUCAUUUGUCAAACAAGGAUGGAGAUACUUCAGGUCCAGUCUUUACUACUUCUCUGCUGAGGAGAAGAGCUGGACUGACAGCAGACAGGACUGCAGAGAGAGAGGAGCAGACCUGGUGAUCAUAAACAGCAGAGAGGAAUGGGAGUACAUCAGUGCACAGAUGGGCAGCUAUAAUCGGGCUUGGAUUGGUCUGAGUGACAGAGACACGGAGGGAGAGUGGAAAUGGGUGGACGGUACAGAACUGACCGACGGCUCUGGGUACUGGUAUAGGGGGGAACCAAAUGAUCAAGAUGGUAAUGAAGACUGUGCUGAGAUCUGGUCCUUUCCGGGCAAGAAGGCCUUGAAUGACAGGUUAUGCUCUUACAAAACAUGGUGGAUCUGCAAGAUGAGACUUUAUACAUUCUUUUAUAGAUUAGAGAUGUCUGAGUGUGUGUACGAUAAUGUGAUCUGCGUUGAGGAGCUGAAGAGAGGAGAGCGAUUAGAGAUGGUGGUGGAUAUCUACGAGAGUGCAGAUGCUGUUAGAGGUCACGACCCUGGCGCACAAACAGAGGAUACUGAUACAGAGAGGAUCCACCACAUUCAUCACACAGAAGGAGACCCUAGACGGAGCAGAUGUUACAGACUGACUACAGUGUGUGCGGUGCUCCUGUGUGUUCUCCUGCUGACUGCCGUCAUAGUGCUGUGGAUCAAAUUCAUCAACACUACUACUGAAAAACACCAGCUACAGACCAGUUACAACAACCUGACUAUAGAGAGAGACCAGUUACAGAGGGAUAGAGAGGAAAUCCAGAGGCUUUCCAAAUUGGGAUGGAUAUUCUUCAACACUAGUCUUUACUACAUGUCUACUGAGAAGAAGAACUGGAAUGAGAGCAGACAGGACUGCAAAGAGAAAGGAGCAGACCUGGUGAUCAUAAACAGCAAAGAGGAACAGACGUUCAUUAAACAGAUGCAUGGCAAGGAGGCUUGGAUUGGUCUGAGUGACAGAGACCAAGAGGACGUGUGGAAAUGGGUGGACGGUACACCACUGACCAUUGGGUACUGGGGACGUGGAGAACCCAACAAUUAUAGAGAUGAGGACUGUGUAAUUACUGGCUAUCUGUAUGUUGCUGUACAAAACUGGGCUGACUUUUCCUGUAAUAGUAUGUUCACUUGGAUUUGUGAGAAGAUCAUUUUUAACUAAAGUAGAACAUGUGAAUGAAAACAUGAAAUUGAAUGUACUCUACAGUUGUCACUGUGUUUUUUUGGCUGCUCAUUCUCUCAUGGUGAGAUGAAGUGUUACAGCAGGGAGCUCUGUAACCGUGAAUGUAAAUGUUUCUCCUUAAAGGUGAAGCUUCUCAGACACCAAAACCUGUAAUAUUUUAACCUGCUACUUAUAUUCUGCUUUUCUCUUUCAUAUAACCCACUUGUUGGAUCCUUCUGGGUUAGCGGAUACUGUGAUAUCAUGACUUGCGUGAGGGGAAUAAAAGCUGUACAUCAAAUUCUUGCUCUGCGAUGUUUGGAGCUACGAGUUUGCACCUUUCAUUUUUUUUUACGCUACUUUGAAGGUUCAAGAACUGCUUACCUGUGUGGUUUAAC